CAUGCUACUGCAAUGGGCUAAACAGAAAACAUGAAUAACAGCAGUGACUCCAAAAUAGGUUAAUAGAGGGUCACGUUAUAUACAAUAUAAUCAAAAAAAUAAUGAACUGAUGACCUCAAAUUAGGAACAUAUAUAAUGAACUAGCUUGAAAAUAAUAUGGAUAUAAAUUCAUGUUAUUUUGUUGACGGAGUUGCUGAAAUGUACUUGUUUUGGUGUUUAUUGAUUUCGGUAUUGGAGUUUACUAUUCAGGAAAAAGUGAAAGUAUCGGUUUAUUAUGAAUCUCUAUGUCCCGCUUCAAAGCAAUUCAUUUCAAGACAAUUAUAUCCAGGAUACCAACUUUUAGGUGACAAUUCUCUUACAGUGGACUUGAUUCCUUAUGUAAACAGAGUUAAAAACGUCAACAAAAAUAAAAACGAAUACCGUCUUAUUUGUCAACAUGGUAAAGAAGAAUGUUACGCUAACAAAGUUCACGCAUGCGUCCUACAUUUAAACGCAACUCAAAAAGCGCAAAUCAGUUUUAUCGAAUGUCAUUUGCAGACCAGUGAUCUACAAGAUAAGGAUGAUAUCAAAAAGUGUUUACGUAGUAAUAAUUUGGCCUGGAGCGACAUUAAAGACUGCUUAAUAGAUGAAGGAACUCAGUAUUUAGUUGAAUAUCAUAAACAAGCACAAAGUUUGCGGCCGCCUCUGGAAUAUCUUCCCCAUAUUCUAUUUAAUGAUAAAACUGAUAGAGAUGAAGAGAAAAACAGUAGAAGAGAAUUCGUCAAAAUAGUUUGUUCAAAAUUUAAAGAUGAAAAACCAAAUGGAUGUCCCCAAGAUUUUGAAUAAAUAUGAAAUUUGUUUUUACCGAUGAAAUAGACAAAUACGUUGUAGGAAUUUUUCAGUAAAAAUUUAUAUGAA